AUGAAAUUUGGAGAAGUACUAAGCAGGUCUUUGAUUAGACAGUACAGCUAUUACUAUAUCUGUUACGAUGAGUUGAAAAAUGAAUUAGAAGAUAAUUUACACAAGACAAAUGGGCAAUGGUCUCAAGAAUUAGAGACUACUUUCUUAGAGUCUCUAGAGAUUGAACUAGAUAAGGUUUAUACUUUUUGUAAAGUAAAACAUAGUGAAGUUUUAAGAAGAGUGAAAGAGGUCCAAGAACAAGUUCAGCAUACUGUUGCAUUAUUGGAUUCCAAUACUCCGCCGAGUGAGUUAGAUUUUGAAAUUCUUGAAGAAGAAUUAAGUGAUAUUAUUGCUGAUGUUCAUGAUUUAGCAAAAUUUUCUAGAUUAAAUUACACUGGGUUUCAAAAAAUUAUUAAAAAACAUGAUAAGAACACACAUUUUAUAUUAAAGCCAAUCUUUGCUGUUAGAUUAGAUGCAAAACCAUUCUUUAAGGAAAACUAUGAUGGUUUAGUGGUAAAAAUUUCACAAUUAUAUGAUAUUGUUAGAACUAGUGGUAGACCUAUUAAAGGUGAUUCUGCCGCAGGUGGGAAACAACAGAAUUUUGUUAGACAAACUACAAAAUAUUGGGUUCAUCCAGAUAAUAUUACCGAAUUGAAAUUAAUCAUCUUAAAACAUUUACCAGUGUUAGUGUUUAAUACUAAUAAAGAAUUUGAAACCGAGGACUCAGCUAUUUCUUCCAUUUAUUACGAUAAUGAGGAUUUGGAUCUAUACUAUGGUCGUUUGAGAAAGGAUGAAGGUGCAGAAGCUCAUAGAUUAAGAUGGUAUGGUGGUAUGCAAUCUAACACAAUUUUUGUAGAGAGAAAAACUCACAGAGAGGAUUGGACCGGUGAGAAGUCUGUUAAGGCAAGAUUCUCUUUAAAAGAGCGUCAUGUUAAUGAUUUUUUACAUGGUAAAUAUACUGUUGAAGAAGCAUUUACCAAGAUGAGAAAAGAGGGUAAAAAAUCAAUUCAAGAGAUUGAGAAUUUAGAAGCCUUGGCUACUGAGAUUCAAUAUACUAUGCUAAAGAAGCGGUUAAGACCAGUGGUGAGAUCAUUCUAUAAUAGAACUGCGUUCCAAUUACCUGGUGAUGCAAGAGUUCGUAUCUCUCUAGAUACUGAAUUAACUAUGGUUAGAGAAGAUAAUUUCGAUGGUAAAGAUAGAACACAUAAUAAUUGGAGAAGAACUGAUAUUGGUAUAAAUUGGCCAUUUGAUAACAUCAGUGACAAAGAUGUUUGUAGAUUUCCUUAUGCGGUCCUUGAAGUUAAGUUACAAACACAAUUGGGACAAGAACCACCUGAAUGGGUUCGUGAAUUGGUUGGAUCACAUUUGGUCGAACCUGUACCUAAAUUUUCUAAGUUUAUUCAUGGUGUGGCCACAUUAUUGAACAAUAAAGUAACUUCCAUUCCAUUCUGGUUACCUCAAAUGGAUAUUGACAUAAGGAAACCGGCAUUACCAACUCAUAUUGAUAUUACAAGACCAGAGAGAGAUAGUAGUCCCGGCUCUGGAAUUGGUUCAGAAAAUGGUGAUGAAGAUGAUGAAGAUGAUGCCGCUUUGAUUAAUGCUAUGUCUGGUGCUCCUGGUAACAACUUCGAUUUGGAAGAAGGUUCUGCAAGUUAUGGUGCAAUUGCACGUCCACCAGCACAAUCCAAUGCUCUUGGUGAUCCACAAACAAUGCCAAGUGUCAACGCAGCAUAUUAUCAACGUAAAAUUAGACAUGCAAGCAAUCAAUUGACUAAGAGAUAUUACACUACAGUUGCAUUCUUCGACCAUUAUUUCAAUGGUGACCAAAUUGCAAAGAUCCCUAAGGGUACUGUGUUUGAUUCACAAGUUAAAGCACCACCUGGUAAGACCAUCUGUGUUCCUGUUCGUGUCGAACCAAAAGUAUAUUUCGCUACUGAAAGAACUUUCUUAUCAUGGUUAUCUAUAUCUAUUUUAUUAGGUGGUGUUUCCACCACAUUAUUGACAUAUGGUACUCCAACAACUAUGUUGGCAUCUAUUGGGUUCUUUGUCACUUCAAUCGUGACUUUAAUUCACACUGUCUUCGUCUACGCAUCAAGAGUCGUCAACAUCAGAUUAAAGAGAGCCAUCGAUUAUGAAGAUAGAUUGGGACCUCCAAUGAUUUCAAUCUUCUUGCUUUUAUCUAUUGCCUUCUCUGUUUUCUGCAAUUGGGCAUAA